AUGGAAGAAAACAAACUUGAAGUUCAGGGAGAUUUGUCUCUAGACGAUAUAGAAGAGAAUCCAAGUCGUAUUUCUAGACAUCUCGAAACUACAGAAACACCGAGUAGACUUGAACUUUUAAAAGACACGCAAAGCAGUGAAAUGUCUGAGGAAUUCAAAGAGCCUUAUGACUCAACGUCUCCAAGUCUUAGACCUCCAGGGUUGAAUAAGUCAGUACAGGAGUUCUUUAAGCAGUCAAACGAAAUUCAAGAAGAAAUAAGGCAGCUCACAGAAAUGUGCCAGCAAAUUUCACCAAAAAGAGAAUUUUACCCUUCUUCGUAUAGCUAUCCUGGAGAAGAGCAAGAAUGGCGAGAACAAAACCAAGAGAAUGUGUCGCAACAUAGCGAUACUGGUGGAGUAAACUAUUUAGAAGAAAUCUCAUGAACUGAAAUCAAUGGGCUCUUAUCCCUCACAAUCUAAAAAUUAAAAUUAAAAAAAAAAUAAAGCAAAAUUUUUUUUUUUUUUAAAAAAAAUAUAUACAAGGAAGGAGUUAGAAAAGCAUGGAUUUAAUACUUUGCCUCUUUAUGUAGAUGGAAAUCUUCUAAUUCCGAAUAUUAAUGAAAUCACUGAUACCUUAGUUGAAGUUUUAACAGAAAUUACUAACCAAGGCAGAGCUCUUGAGGAAAGCGAGGGCAAUAUUGUUCGACUACAGCAGGAAAUCAAAGAUUUAAGAAUGAUUAACGAUAAGCUUAAAGAAGAUUUAUGGAAAAUGAAGAACAUGGAAGAAAAAAGAAAAGCUGAUGACAAUAAGGUGAAAGAGCUAAGCCAAUACAAUAGAGAUCUGCAAGAAAAGCUUGCUAAAUGCAGUGAAAUAUGUAAAGAAAAAGAAGCUUUGAUUAUGAAAAUAAAAGGCCAAAUGGAUCUCAACAGUCAUUCAGGAUACCAAGCUUCUCCUGAUAGCAGAGCAGCUUCUUUAUUUUUUAAUUUCAUGGAGCGGGAAUACAACGCAAGUAGAGAAACCGACUCAAAAAUAAUGAGCAUUAUUAUGAUGUAUGAAGAUCAAAAAUACCGACAAAUAAAAGAGCUAUCUUCAAUUAAAAAAGACAUGGACAUUUCCAAAAAAUAUUUCAAAGACUUAGAAAUGAAUUACACCAAAAUCAAUCAAGACCUUGAAGACAGCAAAAUUGAAAAUCAGACCUUGAAAAACAGAAUAAAAUACCUGGAGCAGCAUACUACAUCUGAAAAUACAGAAAAGCUUAAAAUAAUAAAUUCUAUCACCCAAGCUCUAUCUUUAAGAUCUUAUGAAGAAAUUUUGCCAGCAAUUUUUAAAAUGCAGCAAGUCCUCCUUGCUCUACCAAAUGUUGAUAAAUUUGUUACGAGCGUUUGUGCUGAGCUUUUCAGUGGUGAAGCAGCUUUGAGUCCGAAUAAACUAGAUAAUGUAGUUCCUGAAAUCCAACGACUGAAAAACUCUUUAAAUGAAGUUUUGGAUUAUAAGGCAAAAUUAAGUGAAGCUUAUGGGAAUAUUGAUGAGAGGGAAAUUAUUGAGAAAGCAAGAGGGUUGGCUCAUUUCUGCAGACUUUUUGAUGUGAAGAGGACUGAUGAUAUUGUUAAUGUUGUUGAAGGAGUGUUUUUCUUUGUCCAUGAGUUGAAGCUCUUUUUAGGGGUAAGUUUUAUAUAGUUUGCAAGACGUGCGCUGAGGCUGCAGCCUGACUCGCCAGUGAAGCAGGUUUUGGAAGAAAUCAUGAAAAUAAUUCAACCUGAAAUGGUCGGCUUUUAUUAA